AUGGAUGACCAAAUGCGGCUUCAAGCGCAACGCGCGCUGGGUCUGGCCCUCACUCUUGCAGAGCGCUUGCUGGACGAGCUCUUUCGGGGUCAGCCUGGCCCCCAGGGCCUGCCAGCGGCCUUGCCCGCUGCUUGCCGCUGCUGUGCCCGCUGCUUGCCGCUGCUGUGCCCGCUGUGCCCGCCGUGGUGCCUGCCGGUCUCGCUCGCCAGCGCCUCGCAGCGCGCCCUGCUGCCCUCUCACAGCCUCCUCGCACCCGUUCUGGCCCUGCUCCUGUACCUCGACGUGAAGGUCCUCGUUCUGGUCCUCCUCAACAUGCACCUGGUUCAGGCUUCAACCGGCCCUCCGGCGGUCGCGAUGCUGCGGCACGUGCUCGUGGGCGGCCCCCCACAAAGCCAUCGGCGUGACCACGACCGCGGCCGCGGUGCUCGGGCCACCUCCCACGAGGGCUUCCUUGACGAGGACCUUGUGCGCCGCAUCAUGCAGGAGGUCAGUGGUGGGCGCUCGCGAGUGUCCUUGCGCACCCCGGCCUUUGGCCGGCUCCGCCUGCGGGUGGCCAGGGAGGAACGAGGGCCCGCGGCAAUUGGAGAAGAUCUGCAGGCAGCGCAGUGCCUCGGCAAGACGAUUCCUUGCUACGGCUCAGAUGAGGAAACGCGCCUGGAUGACAGGUCCUGCAGAACCAGCGUCUCGUCUCGAGAGGACUCCGCACAAUGGAGCGUGGACGAGAUGACUACAUCCAGCCUGGCACUUUAUCGAACGAGGAGGUUUGUAUCUAUCCCCUCGGAUGGCGAUUCCAUCGAUGAUAGGAGGCCACCGGAGGAGUGCGAUCGCAGCAGAUUGAGGCGCGCCUUCUUCGAGGAAAGCACUUGCCAUUGGUGA